AUAAGAAUAAGAUAUAUACAUUUAGUGAUAAUAUAGAUGAUAAGAUAUUAAAAUUAAGUAGAUAUUAUUAUCAGAAGAAAGAUUAUGUAAAAAGUAAACAAUAUUUAUUAUUAUAUAUUUUAAAUAUAUCUGAAAUUAUUAUAAAUAUAUCUGAAUCAUCAAAAAUGAAAACAUGUUAUUGGGGUAUUAUUAGUAAUAUUAUAAAUAGCUUUUUUAUUAAUAUCAAUAAUGAUGAUUAUUUAUUUUCUAAAAAUGAAGAUGCUAAAAUUAUAGUUAAAGAAGAUAUAAUAAAUGAAAUGAAUGUUUGUAUUGAAAGUAUAGUUAAAUUAAGUCAAUUAUUAAAUAAAGAAAAAGUUUCAAAAAAUGAAAUUAUUUUACAAAGAAGUUGGUUAAUACAUUGGUCUCUUAUUAUUAUUUUUCAUUUUUUUAUGUAUGUUAUAUAUGUAAAAAAUAUAUAUCCAAAAAAUAAUUCAUUUUCCAUGUUACAAGAUUGGUUUAUUGAUGAAAAGAAUUUAUCUAUUUUAAAUUUAAUAUGCCCACAUAUAAUUAGAUAUUAUUGUGUAUAUGCUAUAUUCUAUAGAAAUAGAAAAGAUCAUUUUGAAUUAAUAUUAAAUACAUUAAAUUUUAUUAAAUCAAAAUACAAUGAUUCUUUUACAUCAUUAUUAAUAUCCAUAUUUACAGAUUAUGAUUUUAAUAUGGCUCAAACUUGUAUAACAACUAUUGGUACAUUAUGUGAACGUGAUGUUUUCUUAUAUAAAUUAAAACCUUAUAUUGAAGAACAAUGUAGAUUUAUUAUUUUUGAAACAUACUGCCGUAUUCAUAAAUCUAUUAAUAUUGAUAUGAUUUCUAGUAAAGUUAAUUUAACAAGAGAACAAGCAGAAAAAUGGAUUGUAAAUCUAAUCAGAAAUGCAAAACUAGAUGCAAAAAUUAACAGCGAAAAAAAUUGUAUCGAAAUAUCUACACCACCACCUAAUCUAUAUCAACAAGUUAUUGACAAAACACAAAAUCUUAUCAUGAGAUCCAAUUUUAUUGUACAAGUAUUAAACAGAUCUUCAAGUGAUGAUCAACAACAAAUACAAAAAAAUUUAAGAUUCAAAAAUAAUAAAAAUGAAAAAAAUUUUAAAAACAACAAAAGAAAUAAAAACUUUAAUCAUAUGUACCACAUCAACAACAAAAUUGUGUCACCUGACACAUAA